AUGUAUUUGUUCUCUUCAAUAGAAGAUGCCGCUCAGAUACCAUUUCCUGAACUAUGUGGAGAAAGUGUGGAGUAUCUGGAGAAAACAUCUGAUGCCUUGCUUACUCUCUCCAACUUUCGUCUCUUUAUUCGUUUCAAAGACUCGUUUGUGAAUGUAAGUUUUCAAUUUUGUCCUGAUAAUUUUAAUCUUUGUUCUUUACCCAGGUCUGAAUAUCAGAUCUCUUGACUGUCCACCUUAUAAUUCUUAUUAUUUUUUUUUUUUCUCUGAGAUGAAUAAUAGUGGAAUAAUUGUUUAGUAUAACAACUUCUACUGGGGAAAAGAGAAAGACAAAGGCAUGAAAGCAACAGAAUCAGGCUAUGAGUUCAUUUUGUUUUCAAACAAAAUUACUUCUUUUCACUCCGUUUGUUUUAUCACUGAAACUCCAGAAUCCAUGCAACAGAUUUUUUUAAUCCUCCAAUUUCAGUGGUACAACAUUAAACUGAACAUACAUUUUAUUGGUCUGAUAAUGAAAAAGCUUGAUUCUGUCUUGAACUUGUCUCUCCUAGUUUGGUAUUCUCUGAUUUGUCCUUCUCUAUUUCAGAUUCCCUUGCGGUUGAUAGAGUCUCUGGAAAUGAAAGAUCUUUUUUGGAUGGAUGUCAACUGUAAGGAUGCCAGGUCUUAUAGGUGAGACAAUGCCUUAAAUUUCUUGUACAAUUGUAGAGCUGAAUAUAAUUUUUCAGGAUCACGUAUACAUGUAAUAUCAGGUAUUUCCUGCAUGUUUUCUUGUCAUGGAAUGUUUUAAUUGUUGUAGUAAAGGUAAAGCAAAUGCAGCUAAGCUUUUUACUAAGUUAUUCAUUCAACUUGAUUUUUGAACUGAGAUCUUUGAUCUGGUAUAAAAUGGGGUAAUAGAUGUAAUUUUUUAAUGGAAGAUUUAAGGCCUAAGCUGACUAGAGUAUGGAAAUAUCCGGGACUUCAAACCUAAAUUCUUAUAGAACCAUAGGACUGGGAUUUAGAUGUUUCCUAAUACACACCUGUUUAUUGGGUUAGAUGAGGGAAAAACCCUGUUAUAAAUGAAAAAUUUCUUGUGCCUGCCACCAUAUACCAAUGUUCCAGUGGACUCAAAUGUAUACAAUUAAAAUACAUUUUAACCCUUUGACCCCCAAGAGUGACCAGCAUUAAAUUUUUCCUUACAAUAUCAUUCCUGAAUCACAAAUUAAGGCCACAAGAAUAAAAGAACUACUUGAUUAUAAACAAAUUCUCCUAGUCAUUUCUUAAGGAGAUUUGUGGAGAAGAGUAAGGAGAAUGUGCAUACUGAUGUUAUGGUAUAAAGGGUUGAAGGGCUUGGCAUUUUGUGGUUCCUCCUUGUUAUAAGUUUGGAACUUGAUUUGUAUCUGAGAUGUUAUCCCCCAGGUUUACCGAUUGCUCUUUAUUGCAUUUUCUACAGGAUUUUAUUUGACAACAGUGAACAGUGCACAAACUGGUAUAACCGUCUUAGCAAGUUCAUCUGUCCUGUCUCGCGACUUGAAGAUCUGUUUGCCUUUGCCUUUUACGCAUGGUGCUUGGACUAUAACUCUGCAGAAAAGGAUGAAUUUACCAGUUUCUGUGAGCAAGGUAGGUGCAAAGCCGAGUUUUGUCAAUCUGGAGAAUUUUUCUGUGGAAGACAAAUGUAGUACUUAUUGCUAUCUUCAGUUCUUCACCCCUGUAAUUCUCAAGAUUUCAGUAGUGAUUCAUCCUACUGACUGCUAUACAUUUCCUCUUAAUUAUAUGUUCUGAUGUCAAAGAACAACCUCAAGCAGAUAAGCUUGUUUGUUCUCAUUACCUGUUUGCAAGAUAACAUGAUGGAAUUUCAAGAAGAAGCUAGAUGCUAGACCUGUGGUAUGAUGUAUGUGGUAUGGGGUAUAAGGAAACACAGACAUGAUUUGUUACCCAUUGAAUUCCAGGUCUGACCUCCCUGACUUUUUGUGUACUUAAAACUCAAAUAAAUUUUGAGAGCAUAUAAAGAACAGGAUAAUGGAAGCUCUGCAUUAUUGAAUAUUUUGAAUAAAAUUGUGCUGUAAUUUUCUAAAUUCUGGAAGUAAUGAAAGUCAUUCUUUCAUUUUGUCCAGAUGAAGUGCAGUAUUCAUUUAUGUCAGAGGUCAAAAGAAUGGGUUUUGAUAAUGAUGCAUGGAGGAUCACAGAUAUCAACUCUAACUUUGAGUGAGUUAAAUUUUUCCCUUUUUUUCAUAACAAUAUUAAUUUGGAAAGAGGAAUGUUUCCUGUAUUCUUGCACUCUAAUAAGUUUAGAUUACUUCAUGGUUGGUGAACCCAUACAAUAUUUAUUCUCAAGUUGUAGAAAUCACAAAUGAACAAACAGUAUGUCCACAAUAACAUGGCCACUGAUUAUUUCUUAUUUUCCUUCCUACUUCCAAAUUUUUGAUGGUCCUGCAUUGUUUUUCAGGUUGUGUUCUACUUAUCCAAAACUCCAUAUUGUACCAGCCAUGAUUACUGACAAAGAUAUGGAAGCUGUAGCUAAGUUUCGAACAUCCCAUAGGUUUCCGUCUGUUGUGUGGAGGUAAGGGUAGGAGCUACAUCAUGGUUUGUUCACCUUGGAAUAAAAGUAAAUUUCUCAUCUGCAUGCUGUUAGAGUGCUCUAAGUUGCAACUGUUUUGGUCAUUACAGUGAGUGAAAUAUAUAUUUAGCGAUUGAAAUUUCAGCAAAAGUCGUCAAUCGGUGACCAACAGCUUUGAAAUAAGAAUCUGUAAAAUAUGUUGAUGUUUGGUCAAAUUAUCAAAUGUCCAAAUGCUGGUAACGCAAACAUGAAGUAUCCUCCUAUUGAUAUGAUUAUCUUCUUUCUUUUUUUUUUUUUUUUCCCAGCCAAAUGUUUUUCUAUGGUGACCAUUUUACAGAUGAAGGUUACCAAAGGCAACUUUUUGAAAAGGGGAACUUGAAACCCUGUUUAAGCUAUUUUAUUUCAAUCAGAGGUAAUGGGUGUGUUAUCUCACUUAGAGGCAUUUCAUGUUUAUCUUUGCUCCACAGGCACAUGACUAAUGGAGCUGUUAUAGCUCGCUGUAGUCAACCAGAGGUUGGUUGGUUUGGUUGGCGAAGUCAAGAGGAUGAGACCCUUCUGCAUGCAUUAGGAAAAGCUUGUGCAACAGACUCAGUGUCUGCUUCUUUAAAGAAGCAACUCAUCAAAGAGAUGGGUGUGAAGAAUCAUCACACAAAUGGACACACAGAUGCCAUUCCCAAUGGAGAUGUAGUUUAUGAUAGUACUGGUAAUGACAAUGAUGAUAAGGGUAAGGAUGUUGCAGCAAACAGUGUCAUUGAACAGCGCAAGGUUCUGAUAGUGGAUGCCAGGGCCUAUACAGCUGCAGUGGUCAACAGGGCCAAGGGAGGAGGCUGUGAGUGUGAGGGUAAGUUUGAUUUGAUCAGCAAUUCUUCCUCCUUGCCUCUUUGCAUUUUCCUGUAGAUUGUUUAACCCUAUAACUCCCAGAAGUGAUCAACAUGAAACUUCUCCCUAUAAUAUCCUGACAUUAUCCAGCAAAUAGGUAAUGAGAAUAAUAGAAGUUGUUAUCUUGAUCUAACACCAAAUUCUCAUGAGUAAUUUACAAGUAAAUGUGUAGCAGCUAGAGGGGAGAAUUAAUAAUCAGAUCUUGGGAGUUAAAGGGUUAAGAGAAUUGAUAACAGCUGAUAACAGUGUGUUCUCAUCUUGUGUUUGCUAAAUAAUGCAUAAACACAUUAAUGAAAAUUUACUUUUCAAUUACCUGUAGGAGGUAAAGCGUUAUAGUCUCAUUUACACCAACAUGUCAAUAUGCAUCAGCUGAAAGACCCUCCAAGGAUACUUUUUCAAUGACAAUUAUUUGCAUUUGAACUCCUUUGUCAAGUCAUCUACACAAUCAGACAUCAUCAUUGAACUGUUUUCAGUAUCUUGGAUACCUUGAGUGAGAUCAUAUAUUUUUGGUUACCAUAUUUGUUGUCAGUGCUUAUUAAAAUAAAAAUUGAGUGUAAAAAUAAAUAGUUUUUAGAAGAAAGCAAGCUUAAUAAAUAUAAAUUGUGUGAUAUAUUUGUUAUCCACACUUUGUUAUAUUGAUUAUUAUUUGUUUCAUAAUAUUCUUACUUUACCCUUUUUCUAUAGAGUACUACCCAGGCUGCGAAGUGUUGUUUAUGAAUUUGGCCAACAUCCACGCUAUAAGGAAGAGCUUCCAAAGUCUAAGAACAUUAUGCUCAGGUUCAAGAGAUAACCCUAAGUAAGGCAUUUAGCCCUUUGUAUCCUAACAGUAGCAUUCAUAUUCUCCACACUGUUCUCUUGACAACUUCUGUUGAACCAUAGGGAGAAUUUGUGUUACAAUCCAUAGCUUCUCAAAUUGGUGGUCAUUUCCUUUAUUUUCAUGACCUUAACUUUUGAUUCAAGGGUGACAUUGUUUGGAGAAAUUAUACGUUUAUUUAUUGCAGGGGUGAAAGGGUUAAUCCUCUGCAUCCAAACAUCAGUAUUCAUAUUCUCCUUACUGUUCUCUGUACAUUUACGAAAGUGCUGACAAGGAGAAUUUGUCUAACAAUCAAAAGCCUCUUUAGUUGGUGAUCAUUUCCUUUAUUCUCAUGACACUAAUGUGUGAUUCAGGGGUGAUAUUGUCAAGAGAAAUUAGAUGCUAGUCACUCUUAGGGGUGAAAGGGUUAAGAAAGAUUAAUGCAAUAUUUUCCUGUCAUUUGUUAGUUGACAUUGAUGUAACAGUAAAAUCUGACUGACUUAUUUACAUAUUCUUUAGUUGGUGGUCCAGUCUGGAAAAGACGAACUGGCUUCACCACAUUUCACUUUUGCUGAAGGCAACCAACACUGUUGUGAAUGCUAUCCAUAAUGAACAGAGACCUGUUGUGGUUCACUGCAGCGAUGGCUGGGACAGAACAACUCAGAUUGUUGCUCUAGCAGAGCUGAUGUUGGACCCCUACUAUAGAACAAUUGAGGUAAAAGAUGUCAGAACAUUAACUCAUUAAAAGCUUUGAAAGGUUGAAAUUAUGAAUUAAGCACCACUCAAGUUUAAACUGAACCUUGAAGAGAUUUUGUUGAAUUCAGACUCAAAGCAGAGGAAGACCCCUAAAAAAUCCCCCAUGAUUAUGGACUCGAUUGUGGUAUACAAAUUCAAGAUGAUGGUUUGAUUGCCACUCAUAAGUUUGAAAGCACUUACACAGUGAAACAAAUAUUACAAGAAUGGGCAUUCAUAUUCUUAAAAACAGCUAUUUCAAUUUUACUUAUGCUUGUAACAUUAGUGCCUUCAGGUCAACAUUGAACUCCACUAUUUAAAGUAUUGCAGUACAGAAUCUGUAAUAGCCAAAAAUGGAAGAGGAAACAGAAUAUUUGACUGAAAGGCAUGAGAUUUGGCAGAUUUAAGUAACAAUGCCUGAAACAAGCCUUGCCUGAAACAAGCCUUGCCUUAAAAUUCUACAGUGUAGAUUCUGCAUUGAGUUUAGCUACCCACUGUAUGGAAUUACUUGCAAUUUAAAUCAUAAUUUUCAUGGAGCGGUUAUUGUUUUUCUUUAAAAUUGAUAUCAUGGUGAACUUUGCAAAGGGUAUUCUUUGAUGUGAUGAUGUUUUCUUUCCAUGUAGGGCUUUCAGGUGUUGGUCACACGUGAGUGGUUGGAGUUUGGCCAUCGUUUUGCGGAUAGGUGUGGUCAUGGACACAAUCAUGAUGAGAAUCAAAGAUGCCCUGUGUUUCUUCAAUGGCUUGAUUGUGUGCACCAACUCACUAGGCAGUUUCCUUGCUCGUUUGAGUUUAAUGAAACCUUUUUGGUAAGGUUAAAUCUGCAGCUCCUGGUUAACACAUUGCUCUCUUUAGAACUCGUGUGUACUCAAGUUUUUCCAAAGUUGCUAUUUUGCAACCAAAAAUCACAAAAUGGUAAUGAGAAGCAAAAUGGAAAGAAGUAUUUAAUGUGUAAUGUUGUACAUGUUGAUCUCAUUUGAACUUGAGGCUAUAAACACAAAGGAAAAUGUUGUAAUAUGCUAUGUGAUUGCUGAAUACAGGUUGGCAAAUUAAUGACUUUUACUGUAAAUGAGGGUCAAAAAUGUUUUUCAUCAGCAUGGUGGUGACAUAUUGAAGUGCUGUUGAGAAUUUUUCCCUCUACUGUACUGAAGUUAAAAAAAGAAUUGUUGAAAUAGCCAGUAAGAUGUAUUCAAGUUUUGAAUGGUCAGGAGAAGUUGUAUGACUUUGUCAUUUUCCAGAAUGAACAACUUUUUUCAGAUCUUGGUGUAAAUUCUGUAGUUUUAUCUGUUUUGUAUGCUGUUUAAAUGGAUAUUUCCAUUAUGUACCUUUUCCAUAGGUAAAGUUGGCCCACCAUGCUUAUUCCUGUCUAUUUGGAACUUUCCUCUGCAACAGCGAAAAUGAACGUCUUAAAGGAAAUAUUCCCAGGCGAACAUUUCCAGUGUGGUCUUUCCUAAACUGGAGAAGAAAGGAGUUUAAGAACUACUUAUACUCCUCUUUGUCUGGACAGGUGAACUCCUGAGUUAAUAUUUUUGAUAUGUGCUAUGGGCUUGUGUUUUUCUAUAUAGAGUGACAGCUAUGUGGAAGAUUUUUGAUCAACCAAGUAAUUUCCCAGAACCAUCUUUUAGAAAAGUUUCAAAAUGCAGUUUCUCUGCUUCAGUCAAAGGGGUACUCUGUUUUUCUUGGGGCUAUCAAAUAGGUUUAUUUUGGGGCACAAGUGAAAUUUGUAACUGAUUAUGAUUUGUAUUUGCCAUCACUUAGGUUCUUCAGGCCUCCCACGAACCACGCAGCUUACAGUUGUGGUCAACUGUGUACACAGCAUUUCCCACACCUUAUGCUGAGUCUGGUAUGGAGAAUGGCGACACCAGUGACUAUGGGGACUCUGUGAGCAGUGCAUGCAUUACUCCUAUCUCACCUAUAUUUCCCAGUAGUAUUGAGCAAGAUGAAAGACUCUUAUCAACCACUCACAUCUCUGAGUCAAAAUAUGAUGAAAGUCUAGUAUGUAAAGACUGUUUUGAAAAUCAGCAAGGACUUCAAAAGGAUAGCAAUGAAUUUGGAAGUGUAGACAAAGAUGUCAAUUCCAAGAGUUGUCACAACUGUAGGACAACCUUAUCACAGAAUCUUUCUGAAAGUAAAUCAACAACAAAGGAAAUCAGUGACUCAGAGUCUUGUCAUUCUAAAAGUAUGUAUCUUAGCACAACGGACUCUUGUGCAGCUGGAGUUGUUUCAUGUGAAGACAGUGUCAGUGAAAUUGAAAACAGCAUGUCCAGUAGUACAGCUACAGUAAUACUUGAGCCAAAUGAUGAGGCUAUCAGUGGCGAUGGAGAAAACUCCUCCUCAGAAAAAUUUUCUUCUAGUGAGACUGAUGAAGAGGUUUUCCCAGCUGGUGAAAUCAAUUCUGUGGGUGAUAUGCAACCACAAGAAUCUCAUGAAUCUAAGCAUUUGACAGCAGACCAUUCAAAAUGUGCUGCAGAUACUUCUUGUGGUGGAGAGAGAAAGGAUUGUACAGAAACUGUGCUUCCAUCCUCUAGUUCAUCUAGUCAGUCAACACUUACCAACAGUUUCCACGAAAUGUCACCAAGUACGAAAACAUCAAGACAAGGUUUAUCAGAGCUCUUUACAGGGUACCUGGAUGUAGAUGGUUUGACGCACAUUGCUGAUCCAGUCCAGGACAGGCUACGGCAGAUUGAGCUGGCUCAUCAAGCUAAUAUUGAGUCAUUACGGAGAAAAGUUUUGGAUGCACAGAGGGGGCGGCCUGCUGUAGGAGAAAGAGGUGCAUGUCCUUCUGGACAGACUAGCGACCUUGCAGAUGAAGUGGUACGUAUAGCUAAGAAAUGGAACUUCAGAGAUCAACUUCCCAUGAAUCUUUCAUGAAUCUGUUAUUAAAAGUUAGUUCUUACUAAAUGAUUUUAACCAGCAGGGGAGAGGGGCUAUGUUGGCUUUAUUCAUCUCAUAUUCCACAAGUGCAAGUUGAAAAAUUGUUUUAUUAAAUGCCUCAAUAUAUAGAUAAAUCUUCCCAACUUUAUUCUGUAAGAACAGAGGGAAUGUUACAAUGUGCCAAAACGCUUCUGCUCUAUGCCCAAUACAGUGAGUGAUACCCACUAUUUGAAUGAGCCAUAGUUGAAAUCUGAUUUAUUCAGCAAAUGUUGUAUAUAUAUUUUUGUUUGAUAAAUAAUCUGACUCUUAUUUUCCAUCUACUUCACCUACAGUGCUCUUUGCCAGAGUCAAAUGUUAGUGGGGACCAACCCCCUCCCUCCCUUGGCAGUACAGAUGAGGGAAGUUGGAUCCAAGUGGAUGAGAAUGAGGCUCAGCCCACACUUUGGGUCCCAGAUCAUGCUGCCACCAGCUGUGCUAAGUGUGAUACACAGUUCUGGAUGGCAAACAGAAAACAUCAUUGUAGGUAUGUGUGACAGUUAUGGAGGUUUUGUCUCUGAAUAUGCAUUUUGCAGCUAACUGUAGUUGAACACACCGAAAAUUAAAGUAGAGUUCUUUUACAAUAUACAGGAGCUGGGAUAUUUCGGUGAUGAGAGAAAGAAUACUAAACUAUUGCUGAGAAUGCAAUCAGCACAUUAGAGAAAUUUUCAAUCGAAUGUUAAAAGUAAUCCAGGAUUGUUUUGGUUUUGUUACCCUCUCAACCAAUCAGACGACUUAUUUGUUAACAUUUUCCUGUCCAUUGGGUAGAUGGCUUCUUUUUUGUUAUGAGUUCUCUUUGGCUCCCUGUGAUUUUCUCAUUUCUCCUGAGUAGCUGUUGUUAUUACCACUUAUUUGGCUUUGCCACUCACAGUUGUAAUUUUUUUCUGAUGAUAUGUAGAUUUGCAAUGUAAAGGACGUCUCUAUCAGCCAAUUAUUGUUUUGUAUAGGAACUGUGGUCUAGUGUUUUGUGGUACAUGUUCUGAGAAGAGAUUACCACUGCCAGACGAACAGCUUUACGACCCAGUCAGAGUAUGUUAUGCAUGCUUUGAAAAGCUUGUCACUCUUCAGCAACGGGAGAACGGCCAGCGAAGGCAUCCCGAAGUAGCAGGCUCAUAAUUCAUGAGCACCACUGAGACUUUAGUAUCAAACUCCACAGACCAACUUGCUCAUGAGAAUUGCUAGGAACUCUGUUUCAGCCACUGCUGAUCAGUUAAUAACAUUUUUGCAUUUUGACAACAGCAGAGAGAAAACGCUGCUUGCAUUGCAGUGAAACCAUAAACGUAUUGAAUGAGGUAGAAGGGGUUCUAAUGUCAAUAAGAUAAGUUAGUUACUUUUCAAAAGUACUUGUAGAUUAGUCUGGUCAACAAGGAAUAAUUUCUGUGGCAGUUAAAAUGAAAAUUUUUCAAUUGGCUUGAAAGAAAGGAAUUGGAAGGUAUAUCAGUGGGGAACCCUUCAUUAAUUUUCCAACCCCUGAAAAUAGCCCUGGUUUAACGAGGCGCUUUUAUUCUUCAUAAGUUUUAGUCAACCUUUCUCUUGCAGUCGGGUUAUUGAUCAGGUUUUUUGGUAUGUCCACAUAGGUUUUUGUUUGUAGCAGUUUGUAUGAGCAAGUUGGCUUAAAACUAAUUUAGAUCAUGGCUGAUUCUGAUUUUUAGGGUUGUUUUGAUAAUGGUAAAAGUAAACAUAAUAUUUAGUAAAGAAUUAUUUAUGUUACAGAAUUUUUCUAAUAGUGUGGUAUCUAAAUUGUUUAUAGUUUCAAAACUAUAUUACUUUCAUAGUUUCAAAAAGCCAUUUUCUGUAUUUUUCGUCCAGAUUCUAUUUUGUCUUGCAUUGAUUUGAUUUAAGGUAUUAUUAGGUUUCGUGUACAGAAAAUGUUUAAAAAAAUUCAUGUUUGUAAGUAGCCCGCCAUUUUCCUUGAAAAGUAGGAACGUCUGGAAUUGAACGAACUCUCCUAUGAUCAGUAUAUGUUUAGUCUACUUUGGAGACGAUAAAUAUUUGUUAAACUCUUUUAUAGAACGCUCUCAAUUCUAACGUAAUGGUUGGUCAAAUGCUUUCGUUUCAAAUGGAUCAUGAAAUCAACUUUCUCGUUCCUCACUAAGGCUUUAAAACGAGUGCAGUUUUAUACAACAACUCUGUACAUACAGGGCUUAUCGAUAGAAGCUCGGAUCUUCGUUUGUACUCCGGAAGCCUUGACGUCACCAGAGAGUUUUGACGGCAUACUGUGUAGCUGUGUUAAAAAUACAGUGGGCUCAGUUCAUUUUCAAACUGUCACAUGUGCUCGUUUUACAGGUUUGAAGUAUGAACUUUUUGUGCUGGAAAUAAUGUGUCGGCGGGAUAGCAAUGAUUUUUCCUAGAAAUUUCGUUUCCUAGAAAUUAAUGUUUUGGGUAGCGUAGCUGGGAUAAAUGUUGAGUAUGAGUUAUUGUUCAAUUAGAGCAGAACUAGUUGUUUCUAAAGCCAGUCAGAGCAGAUAAAAGACCACUCUUGAUUGGAACGCGCGAGUAUUUUGCCGCGCUAGUCUCUGCUUACAUUCGCUUGGUUGGAGUCUUUACCUUUGCCGCAAGUUCGUAAUUCCUUCUUGUCCAAAUGUUCUGUUAGUCUCCCAGAUAGCCUUCGUAACCAGUCUUCUAGUCUUGGACUAGUCGGAAAAAUUAAAACUACAAUUGUGUCAUCGUUGUUUAAUAAAAGUCACGUAACGUGAACACAG